GGUCGCGCGACUAAGGGUCAGCACACCAAACUCGAGGCUGCCGAAGUCAACACACCCAAGAACAAGAAAGGCACCGCCACUGCCUCGACCAAGAAGAGUGCCAACAAGAAGUCAGCCGAGCCUGAACCUGAGCCCGAAGCAGACGACGACCCGGACGCCGAGGAGGUCAUUCGCUGCGUCUGUGGAGACACCAAGGACGACGAAGUUGGUCGCCAGUACGUCAGCUGCGACACUUGCGAAGUAUGGCAACACAAUGUCUGCAUGGGCGUGCCGCUGGAGGAGGAGAACCAGCCCGAACACUACUUCUGCGAGAAGUGCGAGCCCGAGAACCACAAGGAGCUGCUGGACGCCCUCAAACGUGGAGAACAGCUAUGGCAGACUCGCAUUGCCGACCACGAAGCAGAGAAGCGCCGAAAACGCAAUGAGAAGAAGCGACCCAAGAGUCGUCAACAGAAAGCUGCACGCCAGAGUGANAGUCAAGUCCGAGGCUCCAGCCAGCGAGCAGACCAGCCCUGCGCCCACUGCUUCCGCAUCCAUCCCACCCCUUCGCAAGACUCUGCUCCUGCUGCUGGCAGCAAGCGCAAGUUCGAGGAGGAGACUCCACAAGAGGAGCAGGCGCAGGUAGAGGCACAGGCCGAGGAGACGAGAAGAUCAUCAUCAGCAGCCACCCAGUCCAAGCGCCGCAAGUCGGAGCAGAAGAAGGACGACAAGGUUGACGCCGACACAGCGCUUGUCGAUGUCAAGGACCUGCCCAAGGAGAGACAAGGUCCUGCUCAGGCACUCAUCAAGGUUUUUGGCGAUGUUGUUCGUGAGAGAGUCACAACUGGUCUUGGUCAAGGCGAGAACGCCGACUCGGUCAGCCAUCAUCAUGCCACACGCAUCGAGUACGAACUGUUCCAAUUGUAUGGCGCUCCUCAAUCGCAAGGUUACACGCAACAAUUUAGAGCCAUCCACGCCAACAUGAAGAAGAACCCCAUGCUCGUUCAACGCAUGCUCGACAACUCCCUGACUGCACACGGCCUCGCAACCAUGUCUACACAAGACAUGGCCAGCGAAGAGCUGCAGAAGCAGCGCCAACAACUCAAGGAAGAGGCCGACAAACAAGCUGUCAUGAUGCGCGACGAUGAAGACGACAAGCCUCGUGUCCGCCGUACCCACAAGGGCGAUGAGUACAUUGACGACCAGGCCGAAAGCACACACGAAUCAGUCUUCACCUCAGCACCUGUGCGCAGUAGAGAGGACCAGGACAAGCCACCCACUCCUGACGCUGAUGCUCCUGCUACUGCUGGUGCUGCCGCAUCCCCUGAUGCCAUGGAGGUCGAUCGCCGCGAAUCAAACUUUGACAUCAACUCUGUCUGGGCAAAGACACCCGCCGACCAACAAGCACAACCCGCUCGCAGACGCAGUUCAUUCGCCAAGACGCAGACAUCUCAAGAAAAGGGCGAGAAGCACGACGCUGAUGUCGACCGCAUGCUCGCUGACGACAAUGAGACCGAUUAUGCCCCUCCCGAAGCCAACGGCGUUGUCUGGAAGGGUCAACUCGUCCAGCCUGGCGUUACCGAGUUCACUGCAUGUGCCCGCCAUGCUGCCGGCAACGACUUCGGCCAGUUCAUGCCUUGGACUGAACUCUUGCCCUCUGUCCUUGAAAUCGAGGGUCGCCUGGAAGCCAAACGCGCUGACGAUUACCUUUGCGGUCUGCAGUGGAGCAAGAAGAGCGACGUGUCAGUUCUCGCACUGACACCCUACGACAACCGCGCUGCUUUCGACCAGAUUUUUGAUUAUUUCGCUACUCGUGGUCGUUAUGCAGUCAUUAGCAAGGGCCGCAGCAUGUCCUCGAUCGUCAAGGACGUUUACAUCACCCCUGUCGGCCCUGGCCACAACCUGCCUCCACACAUCAAUCUGCUCGAGUACAACACACUCGACCCCAACGUACCCGAGCGUAUGCUUGUUGUCACAUUCGUUGUCAACAAGCCUGAUCACUGGGACAACCCUGUCGUACCCGAUGCUCCCCAGCCAAUCGGUGCCAGCCCUGUCAAUGGCAACAACGCACACGGUCCUCAGUUUUCGCCGCGUCCACCUCAGGGAUUCACUCCCAUGCAAAACGGCCACGCUCACCAGCAGCAGUUUGGUGGUGCUGCCAUGCCNCCCAACCCAUAUACCACACAAUCCCCUGUGCCAGCACAGCCCUACUCUGCCCCUAAUUCUGGAGCUGGAGCAUACCCAUCGCCUUCCCCACAGCUGCCCCCUCACCCGAAUCCCAUGGUUCAUGGCAUCCUAGGCCCUUUGGCGCAUACACCAGUGGUUGCCCAAAUACUUUCUGCUGCUGGUAACCAUGUUGAGGAGCAUGUUCUGCUUAACAUGCGCGACAUCCUUGCGUCCGAACCUGCCGCGCGUGACGACUUGAUCAUCUUUUCGCAACGCCUAGCUAACGUGGGAUCGCAGGGCCAACAGGGA